AUGCACUCACUGACCCUCGUCUCUCUUUUACUACCUACACUUUCCUCUCUCCUGCACGUGGCCGCAGAGCCAUGCAUUGCUAUGGACACGAGCUUUAACCUCCUCGUCUUUGGUGUCAAUGGGAAGGACUUCAAUGCCGGCACGCAGGAUACUUGGACUUCUGGUUCUGCUGCGGACAUUACGGCUGCAAACCGUCCACCUUUUGAUGGCACGAACACGACUUGCUACCUGAGCCAAUUCAACAACGCCGUCUAUGUAUUGAAUGCCGACUCGUCGGAUAACAUGUCCGUGUUUAUUUAUGACGUAGGAGGCAAGUCGUGGAGCAAGCAAAGCGUGAACCAGCCACAGGGAACGAAGACGGUUGACACGACGAACUUUAAAGCUAUUUUGGAUCAUGAUACGAAUGUCUUCUACGCCAUGUCGAAGGGCGAGGUGUUCUUCCUUGAUAUGACUGGCUCGUCGACAACUGCGAAUAGUUCGGCGAUUUCCUGGGUUGAUGUCGGUGCGCCAGCGGCGUGGGGUGAUCUCUCGUCUUACGAACCUACCAUGGCGCUCGCGCAGAAUCACGUUCACUUCAUUGGUGUACCGGGACUCUCCCCUGGCCAAGCGGACAUCUUUGUCAUCCAUUUCUCGUUCUUCCAACCUGAAGCGCAGAGCUAUGGUGCGAACUUCCCUGAGACGCAUGGUCAAACGGCGAGUUUCUUCCAGAAGGAAGGUGUACAGCAGGAGUUUGCGUUCAUUCCUGAUGAUGGAAGUGCGACGUACGUUGUGAAUGUGGAGAGUAACACGACUCAGACGCUGAAGGGACCUGAUGUCAAGGACGCGAAGGCACAAUACUUUGCUGGUAUUACAUCGCUCGUGCAGUUGAGUCCUGCACAGGGUGCACUGCAGUUCUUACCAUAUACGCAAGGAAGCGAUAAUAGCGGUGCGACCUGGACGAAAAUCGCGUCUGUGACUGUCCCUGCUGGCUCAGACUCGAGCAACUCGAGCGCGAACGGGACGGCGAGUGGAAGCGCGUCAGGCACUGCGACUGGGUCUGGCGCGUCGCAGACGGGCAACUCGAACGGCGCCGAGCGGACCGCUAUGAAUGCGGUAGGCACGUUGUUGUUGGGUGGUGUUGCGCUUGCUGCGGUCCUGUUGUAG